AUGUUACACGGCAGCUGUUUAUGUGGUACCGUCCGCUAUGCAAUAGACAUCUCCGACGAACAAGCGGCCGAGCCUUUGUUAUGCCACUGUCGUGUCUGUCGCAAAAUCACUGGCGGAUCAACCUCUCACAAUGUGACAAUUCCCUCUUCAGCCUUUACUCUACAAAGUGGGGAGUUAAAAGUAUACCAAGCCAAACACUUCGAUGAAGGCUUUAAACUUUGGCUUCAUUUUUGUCCCACCUGUGGCAGCCCCAUUUUCGCAGGCCUUACGGGAAACUCACCGGCUCCGGAUGAUCAAGUAUUUAUUCAAGGCGGGACAUUGGACGACACAAUGCCUUUGGAAUCAACGCCUGUUGCAGAGCUGAAUGUUAAGUACAGACUCAGCUGGGUUGGACAGAUUCAGGAUGCAGAACAGAGACAAGGUUAUUCAUAA